AAAAGCUAAGUGCUUGCUUAAAAAUAGGAUAAGUUUGGCACUAUGAAAAGUAUAUCUAAACACAUACCUUCAAUAUAGAUUCAGAAGCAAGAGAUUUAGUUGGUAGAUUUCCCAAGCAAGUAGCACUCCCAAGCAAGAGUGUCUGUCACUGGGCAACGUAAUGCUUUUAAAGGGAAGAUCAUUUUUGUCUUUCCGUCAACCGCUUUAUUAACCAAUCAUAAAUGGUUUAAUUAUAGCGGUGGGGUCAAAUAACUUUUAAAUGACUACACUAUACCCCGUAACCCAAUUACAAAACCGGUUUAUACAACUUAUAAUCUGUCAAUCAUUUAAUUACUGUAGUGAUGUUACUGAACUUUUAUAGUGCACUCCAACUUCGAUUAGUUUAUCAAAGUGGUUAAACAGAUAUUAAAAUAAACCUACAGUCUAACUAAUAUUGCAAUUAUACCUUUAAGUUAUACAUAUAUGUUAACAUUAAAUAACAACAACUCACAGAGAAAAUUACAUUCAACAGAUCAAUAAGUAGCUCUCGAUAGCAUCGAUUUUAGUAUAGAUUGACUCAUUAACUAUUCUUUAAUUUACAUAACAUUAAUAUAUUUGUUUGAUUUUAAAAUAAUGGCUUGCAAACAAAUAUGUUUAAUAAGUUAUGGAUGUGGGGUAAUGCCAUCUACGUUUCUAGGUUGACACGUUUGUAUGUUAUUCUUUAAAGUAAAGAAUAAUAAAAGUAACCAAACAUCGUUUGAACAUGGUAUAGAAAAUAGUCUCGCUUGGUAUACUCAACACAAUACGUUUUAUAUUUAAUGUUUAAUCACUGUCCAGUAUGUAUUUGUGAAAAUACUUAGGAAUAACCUAUUUUUAAAACAUAUACCAAUUAUCAUACAAAUGUAUUAAUGCUUCGAGGCAAACUGUUAGUACACGAAACACCUGUUAUUUCUAUUGAUGAAUAGAAGUUUAAACCAAAGGGCGAAACCCAAAAGCACGGUUCAAUGGUAACAUCUUAAAAUAGUCUUGCAUGUUUAAAGAACAGAAUAUAGUUUACAAUUUGAAGAGUAAGCCUUUAACCCAAAAGUAUUGACAAAAAAAAAAAGCAUGAUGAAUUUUAUAAUUUAAAGAAUUAUACUCCCAUCAUUGAAAUUUAAAGAUGUGACCGACAUCUGCUUUUCUAUAGAUAAUAGUCUUGUAUGUUUAAAGAACAGAAUAUAGUUUACAAUUUGAAGAGUAAGCCUUUAACCCAAAAGUAUUGACAAAAAACGUGAUGAAUUUUCUAAUUUAAAGAAUUAUACUCCCAUCAUUGAAAUUUAAAGAUGUGACCGUUAAUAGAAACUUCAUUAUGAAUUGUCAAAUUUAAAUUACUGUUAAUAGUUUGCUAUUUCUAGACAGUAGGAGAAACAGCUCAAGUCGCUAAAUCGUGGGAAACGGUUUAAAGUGAAUUUAUUGGUUAGUGGUAACCUGUCAGUCGUUUAAGACCACCUAUGUUAUUGUUAAUCGUUUCUAACAAAACUGUGAAACACAAGAGUUGGUGACAUUCUGCGCAGAAUAUUCUCGUGAAUUUCUUUUACAUAAUUUAACAAAUUUAAAAAUGAAUCAAAGUGACAAAAUAUAUUUCUUUUACAAGGACCACGCAGUGGUAAAGACAUGGGACGGUAAUGGUCAGGUAUAUGUACAUAUAAACAAGGUUACUAAAACAGGGACAAAGUCCCUGACAUUUUCAGCUGAAGCAUUUCCCUCAUUUUGUCAAAAUGUUACGAAAAUAAUGCAGUCCCUCGAUCGGUUGGAAAGAGAGAAUGAGGAAGAAAUGUCUAUGAUUCAAUACAGCGAUCUAUUCGAAACGCAGCAGCUACAACCAAAGUCACAACCGAAGCAGCUACAACCACAGCUGGUAGAACCACAGCUAGAACCGCAACAGCUACAACCGAAGUAUCAGCAGCAGCCACAACAACAACACCAGCAGCUACAGACACAACCCAAACCCCAGCAGCUACAGCCACAACCCCAACCCCAGCAGCUACAGACACAGAGAUCUGUACAAAUGAAAAGAAGAUUCCUCCCGUAUGUUGAAAGAACACACACAAGGUGUGUGCAAACGAAUUCCCAAGCACAGCACCCUAAAAUGAUUAGGAAGGCAACGAAGGAAGAAAAUGAAGAACAGUCAGACAUACGACUGGUAACGAACACACAUCGAGUAACGAACACUCAGUCAGUAAAUCCUUUAGUCUCAAACUUUGUAAGUCAGAUACGAAGAGAGUCAGAUAAACAAACGUAUGAAAGGAUUACACCAGAAGAAGAAGAAGAAGUCUUCAUUUAUGUUUGAACAGUUGGUGAAAACAUGACUGUGUAGAGACACAGUACCCAAAUGAAAUAUCUUUAUAAUAAAAUAAUAAUAAUAAUAAUCUUCGAUUUAUUCUCGUAUAUUAUAAAUUUAAAGGUCUCCCCUUGACCACCAUUUCUUGUUUGGAUUACCUACUUUUGUGGUUUUACUCUGGAUUACUUAGUAUUGGAUUACUCUACUAGUUUUCAUAUUGGAUUACUCACUGGAAUUACUUAAUAUUGGAUUACUCGCUUACUAGUUUUCAUACUGGAUUACUCACUGUGGAUUACUUACUGGAAUUACUUAGUAUUGGAUUACUCGCCUACUAGUUUUCAUACUGGAUUACUCACUGUGGAUUACUCACUGGAAUUACCUAGUAUUGGAUUACACAUAUUAAUUUUUAAUUAUCUUAUGUAUUCAAGAAAGUGUGUAGGUUAAGAUCAUAUUUUAUAAUAAAUAAUAUUAAUUAAUAAUAUAUAUUUGUUAUUAUUUAGUAUAAGCUAUGAUAUUGCAAAUUAAAAGGUUGUUUCCCCUUGAACAUCAACAAAUCAUUUUUUCCUCUUGUUUUGGAUUACAACCUAUUGUGAUUUGAAAUAUUCACAUUGAGCUACACACCACUGUAAUAUUGGAUUACCUACUAUUGCAUUACACAAUCAGAGGAAUAUUUUCCCUGAAUAAGUAGCCGUUACAUUACAACUAAUCAUGCACAUAAAGGACGAACACAUUAAAUAAUUUUAAAAAAUAUUUAUUAUAUAAGUCAGGAGUUACAGAACCAGAUCUGAGUAAGAAAACUGGGUUUGUUUGUUUUUCCCCAAUUCAAUAAUAAUAAUAAUAAUAAAGUUUAAAAUGUUCAACUUGUUUUACGGAACUAGUCCUGAAUAAAAUCUAAACUAUUACAACAAUGUUUGAGGUAUGAGCUACAGGAUCAGCAGACAAUUUGUUAAAUUUAAAUGAUAUAUAAACUUAUUAAUUUUUACAAAAAUUGUAAAUACAACUUAUUAAACCAAUUUAAAUAAAUACAACUUAUAUUACCAAAUUUAAAUACUAGUAAAUUUUAAAUUUCAGUAUUGUCUGCUUUCCUGGAUAAUAUCAAAAACAAUUUGUAAAAAUAAUCAACAUUAAUAUACAUUUCUUACAUAAAAAAUAAUCAACAUGGUUA